AUGGGGCUCGUCGACUUCUGCUUCGUCGUCCCGCUGCUGCUGCUGCUGGGCCAGCAGGCCGCCGCCGGGAGGGCUCCGCGGUUGCCGGAGGAUCUGGCGCUGCUCUCCGUGAGGGCCUCCCUCACGGAUCCAUCAGGGGCGCUCGAUUCCUGGAAGGCGGCCACCGAUCAUUGUGGCUGGGAGGGAGUCGCCUGCGACCCCGUCGGCGACGGUGCGGUCGUCUCCCUCGAUCUCGCCGGCCGCAACCUCUCCGGCGUCCUAUCGCCGGAGGUCGGCCGGCUGCGGUCGCUGCUCAAUCUGUCCCUCGCCGCCAACGCGAUCUCCGGCCCCAUUCCGCCUGAUCUGUCGCGCAUCCCCAAUCUCCGCUACCUCAACCUCUCCAACAAUAUCUUCAAUGGGAGCUUUCCGACCGCGCUCUCCCGGUUGCGAAACCUCCAGGUUCUCGAUCUGUACAAUAACAACCUGACCGGUGAUCUCCCCGCGGAGCUCUUCAAUACGCACAACCUCCACCAUCUGCAUCUCGGAGGGAACUAUUUCACUGGCAGCAUCCCUCCGGAGUACGGCCGUUGGGAGUUCCUCCAGUACCUGGCCCUCUCCGGCAACGAGCUCACAGGUCCUAUCCCCCCCGAGAUAGGGAAUCUUACCAGGCUUCAGGAACUCUACAUUGGCUACUUCAAUAUGUUUACGGGCGGUAUCCCUCCGGAGAUUGGGAAUUUGUCGGCCCUCGUUCGUCUGGAUGUGGCCAACUGCGGGAUCACCGGCGAGAUUCCGCCGGAGAUUGGGAAGCUUGAGAACCUCGACACACUUUUCCUGCAGGUGAAUGGGCUGACAGGGGAGCUCUCCCCGGAGCUAGGGAAGCUGAGAAGCCUCAAGUCUAUGGAUCUCUCCAACAAUGCCCUGACCGGCGGUAUCCCCUCGUCUUUCUCGGAGUUCAAGAACCUGACGCUGCUGAACCUGUUCCGUAACAGGCUCCAUGGAUCGAUCCCGGACUUCAUCGGUGACCUCCCCAAGCUGGAGGUCCUGCAGCUCUGGGAGAACAAUUUCACCGGCAGCGUCCCCCAACAGCUGGGAAGCAACAAGAUGCUCCAAGUAUUGGACCUCUCUUCCAACAAGCUCACCGGCAACAUCCCACGGGAUCUUUGCUCUGGGAACCGGCUCCAAACCCUGAUUGCCCUCGGCAACUUCCUCUUCGGCCCCAUCCCAGAUUCGCUCGGUCGGUGCGAGUCCCUCGGCCGGAUUCGGCUGGGAGAUAAUUACCUCAACGGCUCCAUCCCAGAUGGCCUCUUCAGCUUGCCGAACCUGUUGCAGGUGGAGCUCCAGAACAACCUCCUCAGCGGCGGAUUCCCAGAGACCCGCGGUUCAGCCAUCUCACCUAAUCUCGGACAGAUCAGUCUUUCUAACAAUAAGCUCACCGGCCCCCUCCCAGAAUCCAUCGGAAACUUUUCUGGCGUGCAGAAGCUUCUUCUCAACCAAAAUCUGCUCUCCGGUGGCAUCCCCCCGGAGAUCGGCCGCCUGCAGCAACUAUCGAAAAUGGACCUCAGCGGGAACAGAUUCGCUGGUCCCCUUACUCCCGAAAUAAGCCAGUGUAAGCUGCUGACAUUCAUGGAUCUAAGCGGAAACGACCUAUCCGGAGGGAUUCCGGAGGAGAUCAGCGCAAUGCGGAUCCUGAACUAUCUCAAUCUGUCUAGAAAUCAUCUCUCCGGUGGCAUUCCGUCUUCAAUUUCCACGAUGCAGAGCUUGACAUCAGUUGACUUCUCAUACAACAACCUCUCUGGUCUCGUCCCCGGCAACGGCCAGUUCAGCUACUUCAACUCCUCGUCCUUCGUCGGGAACCCCGACCUGUGCGGGCCCUACCUCGGCCCCUGCCGCGCCGACGUCGUCCCCGACUCCCAGGCGGCUCAUGGGAAGGGUCGCUUCAGGGGAUCAUUCAAGCUUUUACUGGUCAUCGGCCUCCUCAUCUGCUCAAUUGCUUUUGCCGUGGCGGCCAUCUUCAAGGCCCGAUCACUGAAGAAGGCCAGUGGGGCUCGCGCCUGGAAGCUCACGGCCUUCCAGCGACUGGACUUCACCUCCGACGAUGUGCUAGCUUGCUUGAAGGAGGAGAAUGUGAUCGGCAAAGGAGGCGCUGGCGUCGUCUACAAGGGGGUGAUGCCCAACGGUGACCAGGUGGCCGUGAAGAGGCUUCCGGUGAUGAGCCGGGGAUCCUCCCACGACCAUGGAUUCUCUGCGGAGAUCCAAACGCUGGGGAGGAUCCGCCACCGCCACAUCGUGAGAUUACUCGGUUUCUGCUCCAACCACGAGACCAACCUCUUGGUUUACGAGUACCUGCCCAACGGUAGCUUGGGAGAGGUGCUGCACGGCAAGAAGGGCGGCCACCUCGAGUGGGACACGAGGUACAAGAUCGCCCUGGAGGCCGCCAAGGGCCUCUGCUACCUCCACCACGACUGCUCUCCGCUGAUCCUCCACCGCGACGUGAAGUCCAACAACAUCCUCCUCGAUUCCAAUUUCGAAGCCCACGUUGCAGACUUUGGCCUCGCCAAGUUCCUGCAGGGCUCCGGGACGUCCGAGUGCAUGUCCGCCAUCGCCGGCUCUUACGGUUACAUCGCCCCAGGUACGAACCUUCUUCCUUCUCCCUCCCCUCAACCCCUCCAUUACGACGGCUGUCUGCAUCUUGAUGGGACGCAUCCGCCGUCAAUCUGUUCUCCGCAAUCCAUUUCUUCGCGUGCAUGCCCCACAGAAUGUUUCCGCCGUCCGCCAUUGUCGGUCUCUGUAGGUUUUGUUGUCUACUGGGUUGUUUUUAUCGCUACGCUAUUAUUCCCUGUUUCCGAUUCUCUCUUCGAAUUAUUGGAAUCGCCAUUAGAGUCCUGUGGAAUCUCGUUUUGGGCUCUCUCCUGACCCUUGUUCUGGCUGGCUUUCCGCAGAAUACGCGUACACCCUGAAAGUGGACGAGAAGAGCGACGUCUACAGCUUCGGUGUGGUCCUCCUGGAGCUCAUCACCGGGAGAAAGCCGGUAGGGGAGUUCGGCGACGGCGUGGACAUCGUCCUGUGGGCGAGGAAGAUGACCGACUCGGUCAAGGAGGAGGUGCUCAAGAUCCUCGACCUGCGCCUCCCCAACCCCCCGCUCCAUGAGCUCAUGCACGUCUUCUACGUCGCCAUGCUCUGCGUCGAGGAGCAGAGCAUCGAGCGCCCCACCAUGCGCGAGGUCGUACAGAUGCUCGCCGAGCUACCCAGGCCGGUGGCGGGGCCGGACCAGGAGGGCGCCGGCGACAGCUCCGGCGAGUCUGCUCCGGCGGCGGCGCCCCCGCAAGAAGAAGAGCACUGCCAACAGCAGCAGCCGCCGCCUCCUCUUCCGGGGGUCCCUCCUCCUUCCCUUCCAGCCGAUCUCAUCAGCAUCUGA